CAUCGCUGCGGGGAAGGCUGAGCAUUCGCAAAUUCCGGCUCCUGAGCGCGGGGAGCAUCCUCUCCGCGCCGGCCGGCCGGGCAGCAGCCGCCGAGCAGGAGGAGGCUCCCGGCUCCUCGUCAGCCGAGCGCUGCCCGCCCUGCCCCGUCCCUCCCGCGCAACCCAGCGCACAGCGGCAACCGGCGGAGCUCUGCGCGGAGCCGAGCGCUGGGCUGCACACCCCCCACCCUCUCCCGGCCGCGCAGGCACAGGCAGAGCCCUGGGCUGAACAGUCAUGACAGCUGAAAAGACUAUUCCUAUAAUUAAUGGCAAGCCAGAAGAUGCUUUGGACCCAGAAGCUUCAAGUACCAACCUCGUCCACAGAAAUGAUAAGAAAGUUCAUGAAAGAGGUCACUGGAACAAUAAGGUUGAAUUUGUGCUUUCUGUGGCAGGGGAGAUUAUUGGGUUGGGAAACGUAUGGAGAUUCCCAUAUCUUUGCUACAAGAACGGAGGAGGUGCUUUCCUCAUCCCAUAUGUGGUUUUUUUUAUUUGCUGUGGAAUACCAGUAUUUUUCUUGGAGACAGCCUUGGGACAGUUUACUAGUGAAGGAGGCAUUACAUGCUGGAGGAAAGUUUGCCCUCUAUUUGAAGGCAUUGGAUAUGCUACCCAAGUUAUAGAGGCACACCUAAAUGUAUAUUAUAUCAUCAUUUUAGCAUGGGCUAUCUUCUAUUUGUUUAACUGCUUUACUACAGAACUUCCUUGGGCUACCUGUGGGCAUGAAUGGAAUACAGAAAACUGUGUGGAAUUUCAAAAACUUAAUAUGAGCAACUGCAGUCAACUGUCUCUACAAAAUGCCACUUCUCCAGUGAUGGAAUUUUGGGAACGAAGGGUGCUAGCUAUAUCUGAUGGAAUUGAACAUAUUGGGAAUCUUCGCUGGGAACUUGCACUGUGCCUCCUUGCUGCUUGGACUAUCUGCUAUUUUUGCAUAUGGAAAGGAACAAAGUCUACUGGAAAGGUUGUAUAUGUAACAGCCACAUUUCCCUAUAUCAUGUUGAUGAUUCUUCUGAUUCGUGGAGUAACGUUACCAGGUGCUUCUGAGGGGAUAAAAUUUUACUUGUACCCUGACCUUUCUCGACUGUCUGACCCACAGGUGUGGGUAGAUGCUGGUACACAGAUAUUUUUCUCUUAUGCGAUCUGUUUGGGGUGCCUGACAGCCCUGGGAAGUUACAACAACUAUAACAAUAACUGCUACAGAGACUGCAUCAUGCUCUGCUGCUUGAACAGUGGCACAAGCUUUGUUGCUGGUUUUGCUAUCUUUUCAGUUCUUGGAUUUAUGGCUUACGAACAAGGCGUGCCCAUUGCAGAAGUUGCAGAAUCAGGACCAGGACUUGCAUUCAUUGCUUACCCUAAAGCUGUUACCAUGAUGCCUCUUUCUCCUCUGUGGGCGACUCUGUUCUUCAUGAUGCUCAUAUUCCUUGGAUUAGAUAGUCAGUUCGUGUGUGUUGAAAGCCUUGUGACAGCUGUUGUAGAUAUGUACCCAAAGAUUUUCCGAAGGGGCUACAGGAGAGAGCUGUUGAUUCUCGGCCUUUCCAUUGUGUCAUACUUUGUUGGCCUAAUAAUGUUAACUGAGGGUGGGAUGUACGUCUUUCAGUUAUUUGAUUCUUAUGCAGCCAGUGGCAUGUGCCUUCUUUUUGUUGCCAUAUUUGAAUGUGUCUGCAUAGGCUGGGUUUACGGCAGCAAUCGCUUUUAUGACAACAUCGAAGACAUGAUUGGUUACAAACCACUGUCAUUGAUUAAAUGGUGCUGGAUGGUCUUAACUCCAGGUAUUUGUGCAGGAAUCUUCAUCUUUUUCCUGGUGAAAUACAAGCCUUUGAAAUACAAUAAUGUAUAUAUAUACCCUGACUGGGGCUAUGGCAUAGGGUGGAUGAUGGCACUCUCUUCCAUGAUCUGCAUCCCUUUGUGGAUCUGCAUUAAGCUGUGGAAGACAGAAGGCACUUUCAUAGAGAAAUUCAGGAAGUUGAUUACACCUAGCUCAGAUCUGAAAAUGAGAGGGAAACUUGGAGGAGGAGCCUACAUUGCAGCAAUAAAUGACUGCGAUGCCAAACUGAAAGGAGAUGGCACCAUUUCAACCAUUACAGAAAAGGAGACGCAUUUCUGAAAGAACUAUCUUUUUUGUUUUAUUUUUUUGUAUGUAUAAAUAAAUAAAUAAAUAAAUUCACUUAAUUAUAGAGGCUGGCUUGUUUUGCACAGAAUUUUAUUAACCAGUUAAUUUUAAAGUGAAAAUUGUAUACUUGUUUAAAAGUGAUUUUUUUAAAUUACUAUAUAAGUAAUGAUUAUGUAAAAGAAAAAGAAAUAGUAUUAUAUGGUAUGUUAGUGAUGACUUCUUGUAAUAUGGUGAUUUCGUAAAUGUUUUUUUUAGAAGUUAGAGGGACCUGUAAAAUGUGCUGUAAAACUUUUCUACUUUGAUUUCUGGCAGGAGUAAUGUUGUAUAGAUAUAUGCAUUCUAAUCUGUAAGCAUUUCAGACCAUUUCAGCAUUUAAUGUAUGUAUAUAAAGGGGACCGGAAUGUCCUUUUGUUUAUAUUGGAAGAAAUUGUGAGGGGAUGGGGGGAAUACUUGUAACCGUUGUUGCAUAUUCCUGUCUAAAUGUGGGCUGUGUCCGGAGUCCACUGAAAUCAGAGGGAGCCUUCCCAACGGAGGCCAGUGCCUUUUGCACCAGGCUGCGAGCCCUUCUGGCCUUCCACAGGCUAGGCCAGCUGCAAGACCGAGUUUUGCACCCAAAAGGCUCUUCUUUGAGGGCAAGUUUUGUGAAGUCAACAGGAAGCACCACCUCAGCUGCUCUUACCGCCUUCCCUCCACCCUCCAUCUGCUCCAACAGGUCUAAAAAUGUGGUGGAAUGGGCCCACUUCUGAGUCACUGUUUUUUCUGGAGAUUGGAUAGAAAAUAUUUCAUAAGAGCUAUGAAUUUUGCUGCUCUUGUAACUCUCUAAAAUGAUGUGUACUGCUUCAGGAGACCUCUAACUUUUUCAGUUUCUUUAGUGUCUAGGUGGCCGGUACUUAAUUUUGUUGACAGUUCCCAUCCCCUCAAGUAAAAUGUGUUUGUCUAUGCUUGUACAAGAGGAGACCAAGGUUACUUUAUAUACGCGGCGAUGUUCUGAGGAAAACAAAAGCAUGUUUAGAGCUCUGCAUA